CCCUCCCUCCCGCCCUCCCUCCUCCCGCUCCGCCCGGAGCGCCCUUCGCCCAACGCCGUUACCGGCGCCGACACAGCCGAGGCCCGAGCGCUGCCGCAGCCUGAGCCGACCCCGCGCUGCCCACCAUGGACACCGGAGUCAUCGAAGGGGGUCUCAAUGUCACGCUCACCAUCCGGCUACUCAUGCACGGCAAGGAGGUGGGAAGCAUCAUUGGGAAGAAAGGGGAGUCCGUGAAGAAGAUGCGUGAGGAGAGCGGAGCUCGCAUCAACAUCUCGGAAGGGAACUGCCCCGAGCGGAUCAUCACCCUGGCGGGACCCACCAACGCCAUCUUCAAAGCUUUUGCGAUGAUCAUUGACAAACUGGAAGAGGACAUCAGCAGCUCCAUGACCAACAGCACAGCUGCCAGCCGGCCCCCGGUCACCCUCCGGCUCGUGGUGCCCGCCAGCCAGUGCGGGUCCCUCAUUGGCAAAGGAGGCUGCAAGAUCAAGGAGAUCCGAGAGAGCACGGGGGCACAGGUCCAGGUGGCAGGGGACAUGCUGCCCAACUCGACUGAGCGAGCCAUCACCAUCGCUGGGAUCCCACAGUCCAUCAUCGAGUGCGUCAAACAGAUCUGCGUCGUCAUGCUUGAGUCUCCCCCGAAGGGUGUCACCAUCCCGUACCGACCCAAGCCAUCCAGCUCUCCCGUCAUCUUUGCAGGCGGCCAGGACAGGUACAGCAGCGGCAGUGCGAGCUACCCCCACACCGCCCCAUCCAUGUGCCUCAACUCUGACUUGGAGGGACCACCUCAGGAGGCCACCCGGCAGCCACUGCAUGGCAACGAACUUGGGCCAAUUCCAGCCUGGGCUGCAGUUCUUCCGGCCUAUACCAUUCAAGGACAGUAUGCCAUUCCACAGCCAGAUCUGACCAAGCUGCACCAGUUGGCAAUGCAACAGUCACACUUUCCAAUGUCUCAUGGCAACACUGGAUUCAGUGGCGUUGACUCCAGCUCUGCAGAGGUGAAAGGCUAUUGGGGUUUGGAUGCCUCUGCCCAAACCACCUCCCAUGAACUCACCAUUCCAAACGAUCUGAUUGGCUGCAUCAUCGGGCGUCAGGGCGCCAAGAUCAACGAGAUCCGCCAGAUGUCCGGGGCUCAGAUCAAGAUUGCCAACCCCGUGGAAGGCUCUACUGACAGGCAGGUGACCAUAACUGGAUCUGCAGCGAGCAUCAGCCUGGCCCAGUAUCUAAUCAAUGUCAGUUUAGAAAGCGCUAAACCCUCCUCCCAGGCAGCCUCCGUCACGAUCCCUGACCACCUCAGCAUCAACCUCUCUCAACCCUCCACCCCUUCUUCUUCUUCCUCCUCCACCACCACCCCCUCGCUCGCCACCGCGGGGGCCUCCGACGCGCCCUCCAGCCUCCCCAACCCUCUUCCGACCGCCCCUUGUGUCUCCAGUCUGCUUGGCAUGAAACCUGUCCCUCUCCUGGCGCUAAAUGUCGUGUCUGCGGCCAAAGGCGCCGCGGCGCCCGCCGUGCCCUGUGUCACUAACAAACUCAAAGCCGAGAAGCAAAGGUUUUCCCCGUACUGAGCCUGCUCCAGGGGGUGGCAGCACCAGGACCCCGGAGAGGAGACUUGGAACAACAGUUUUUUCCUCUUUUUUCUUUUUUUUUUUUUUUUUUUAAUUCUUUUUGGGGUUUUUUUAGUUUUCCUUUGUACCGAGCUCGCGCUGCUGUGGCAGCAGCAGAGCUGUUCUUGCCGGCCGAGAGACUGUGUCCCCUUGUCCUGUGAGCGGUCACAACUCCUUCUCUGCCUGCCUCCAGUUGUUGCUUGUUAUUUUUUAAUUUUUUUUUUUUUUCCAUUUCUCCUCCUUUUCCCAUUUUUUCUUUUUUGAGUAGUUUGGGUGCAGCU